AUGCAAUUGUGCGCAACAAAACUGGCAUGCUUGGCUCUUCUCGUGGGCUACCUGGCAUUGGCUGCUGCAGGCCCUGGAUUUAAGAUCACCAGUUGCUGCACCAAGAGCACCUUGGGGCCUAUACGGGCUCCUAUCAUUGGCUACAGGAUUCAGAGGAAGAACCUUCCUUGUAUCCACGCAGUUGUAUUUGAGACCACUGAAGGCGAAGUGUGUAGCCACUGGAAACAGGACUGGAUCAUUCGAAAGAUCAAGGAGCUUGAGCGAGCGCGGACAGCCAGAGUGAACACCAACUCCUACCCUCAUGGAGAGACAAACACAACCGCUUUAUAUUAA